UCUUUUAACUGCUCCAAAACUUUCCGAGGGAUAGUGAGAGAGGACGAGAGUGAGGAAGGCGGGGGGUAGGAGUAGGGAGAGAAGGAUUUUGUUAAGACUACCACCAGACAGACGAGCUUGAAUGCCAUGGGUGUGCCUGAACGACAGUUGGUGGGCUGAUAUAAACUGGAACAGCACGAAGCUGAACAGAAGCAGGAUUCUCUUCCAAGGUUUGGAUUUGAAGGCCACAGUAGUAAAACAUGAUGCAGAGGGAGGAUGAGUCUGCACGGGAGGAGUUUAGCUACACUCACAUCUCCACCCUGGAGCGAGCAAGUGCAGGUGGUACGCUGAGUCGACGGCUGGACCGAGAGAGGGACAGAGUGGAAAGGGACAGCUACAUAGUGGAUGUGAGAGCCAGUGAUUUGGAGCUGGACGAGGGUGAGCCGUUACACCCCUGUUUCAGCUACAGAGCCUGGCUCUACAGUAUCCUUAUAGGGUGUAGUCUCCUGAUCACAGCGGGUUUCUCUCUCUACCUGGGUAAUGUGUUUCCUGAUGCAAUGGACUACUUGCGAUGUGCAGCUGGAGCGAGUAUCCCAGCUGCAGUGGUGAGCUUUGCCAUCGCCACAAACUGGCGAGUAGCAGUGUCUGAUUUUCAACUGGUGUAUGUGUCAACAUUUGCUGUGACAACCACAUGCCUGGUAUGGUUUGGGUGCAAGCUGGUUCUUAGCCCAUCAGCCAUCAAUAUCAACUUUAACCUGAUCCUGCUCACUCUGCUGGAAGCCCUCAUGGCCAGCACUGUCAUCCUGUCAGCUCGCUCUGUAGAGGACUGCUGCAGCCACAGCAAGCAAGUAUAUGAUGGCCCUGUGACUGUGACUCCAGCUAAAUUCCCUUCCCGUCUUCUCAAGGCUUAUGCUGUGAUUGAAGUGAUAGUUGGGAUAUCUGCAGUAUUCGGUGGUAUUAUUGCUCUCAACAUGGAUGCUCUGCUCCCAGGGCCCUAUGUCUCUGUCACAUUCUUCUGGAUUCUAGUGGCUUGUUUCCCCAGUGCCAUAGCCAGUCAUGUGGCAUCAGAAUACCCCAGCAGGUGCCUGGUGGAGACAUUGAUUGCCAUCAGUAGUGUCACAUCACCACUGCUGUUCUCUGCCUCUGGCUUCUUGUCUAACAGCGUGUUGAAUUUUAUUGAGAUCUUCCAGCAUGAGGUUCCCGCAGCCAAGCAAUCAUAUGACAUCCUCCUAAUGAUUCUGAUGGUGCUGCUGCUGGUCCAAGCAGGCCUGACACUGGUCACUGUGGUACACUGCGCCUCUUACAAGGGUCAGCUACAUAUAGGAUCUCUAGAGAGGGAUGACAGGUCACAUUUGGAAAUACACCAGUGUGAGCAACAGGGAUCCAAUGGCACACUGCGAGAGUUUGACAAAGAGAAGGCCUGGAAGGCGGUCGUAGUUCAAAUGGCCCAGUGAGCACAUGCACAGGGAGUAAAGAGAACAAACAGGAAUGAGAAAUAAAUGUGAGUGAAGGAGGACAUGAGAAGGCGAGAGUAAAAGAAGGACAAGUGAAAAUAGAGAGAAUAUGGGAAUCUAGAGGAGGGCAUUCCAAACGCAGUCAGAAGGUGACAUGUCAGUGUGUCCUUGCCAGGGGAGUUAGAGAGAGGGAAAUAUCCUGACGAAUCUCAGUCACAUAUAAAGCAUUUAAAUAACUUCCAUGUCCAUAUAUCUAUUCUUAAAAUGAAUCAUCAUCCUGACUGUUCAGAAUUCUCAGCAGAGGAAAAGUUGAGGCGUUAACACCUUCUGCAAAGAACUAAAACUCAUGACUCAUGCUCUGUUCAUAUGUACAGUAAGGCUGGAUUCAUAUUCAAGUGUGACUAAACUUAUUCCUGUCCAGGAAACCACUUAGACUGUAAAUUCCAGUCCUUGCUAUAUUGCAUGAACUCAUAAAUUCAGGAAACUAAUGACUGCAUUUAUGUAAUAUGUCAACACAUAAGCCACAUCUAUGCAAGUCAAACAUUUUUUCUUAGGGUUUUCCACUAUAUAAGUACACAUAAAGCACCAAGUUUACAUAGUUCUUGUAGCUAGAAACUGUCUGUGCAUUGUCUGUGCUUGUGUCAAAUAUAUACUAUAGGAUAUGGAACAGUUUACAGUUAAACAUUUUAUUUGUUUAACAUACACUAACAUUAUUCAUAACACUAACAGCAUAUUUAAUAAUUUCCUACAUUUUAUGUGACCUGUAGGCAGGGACAGAGUAGCAGUGUUUUCUCCUCCAAGACAGACAAUCUACAUUAACAGACGAGAAAGAAAAAUUAUUGGGCAAUUCCACCACCUAAUUGGGUUAUUUUUAAUCACAUUAGUCAGGGAAUAUGGCUUUGGGACACUUAGAUAUAAUUUAGUUACAGUUUGGACUAAUUUAUAAAAGAAAUGGCUGGUGUUUAACCCAUGGAAAAAGUGGAAAACACUGAACACAGUAAAAAAUGACAAUCCUAGUGUCUCUCCAAGUAGUGUUUAUGUAUUGUAGAAUUAAGUCAGCUGCACUAAUUGUAAUAACUAUAUUUUAAUAUGUCAAGUUCUGUAUAAUUUCCUAAAACAGAGAGCUAUGUAAUAAGGGUUUGAUUACAUUAUGUAAAUGGAAGCUCUGUUAAAUUAAAGCUGACACUCUGGCUGGCACUUAAUUUUUUUCUGCACGU